AUGCCGCGGCAGGCCGCCUCGCGGUUGGUGGUCGGAGGAGGUGAAGGGCCCCCAGGGGCCUCGGGGCCCGCGGCCACCAUGCUCCGCUCCCUGCUGCUUCACUCUCUGAGGCUCUGCGCCCAGACCGCCUCGUGCCUCGUGCUCUUCCCGCGCUUCCUGGGCACGGCCUUCAUGCUCUGGCUUUUAGAUUUCCUGUGCAUCCGCAAGCAUUUCCUGCGCCGUCGACAACCCGAGCACCCGGAGCCCGAGGCAGAGCUCAACAGCGAAGGCGAGGAGGUGCCCCCCGACGACCCGCCCAUCUGCGUAUCGGACGACAACCGUCUGUGUACCCUGGCCUCUCUCAAGGCCGUGUGGCAUGGCCAGAAGUUGGACUUCUUCAAGCAGGCCCACGAGGGUGGCCCAGCGCCCAACUCGGAGGUCGUCCGUCCUGACGGCUUCCAGAGCCAGCGCAUCCUUGACUAUGCCCAAGGGAGUCGCCCGCUCGUGCUCAAUUUUGGCAGCUGCACCUGACCACCGUUCAUGGCGCGAAUGAGCGCCUUCCAGCGCCUGGUCACCAAGUACCAGCGCGACGUCGACUUCCUCAUCAUCUACAUAGAGGAAGCCCACCCGUCCGAUGGCUGGGUCACCACAGAUUCCCCCUACGUCAUCCCCCAGCACCGCAGCCUGGAGGACCGGGUGAGCGCAGCGAGAGUGUUGCAGCAGGGCGCACCUGGCUGCGCCCUGGUCCUGGACACGAUGGCCAACUCCAGCAGCUCCGCCUACGGUGCCUAUUUUGAGCGUCUCUACGUGGUCCAGAGCGGCACCAUCAUGUACCAGGGAGGCCGCGGCCCCGACGGGUACCAGGUGUCCGAGCUGCGCACUUGGUUGGAACGCUAUGAGGAGCAGUUGCAUGGCCCUGGGCCACAGCGAUUCUAAAUAACCGAGGGACACGUGGCUGAACCUGGCGGGCUGGGUCUUCGGGCCUGGGAGGCCCAUAUGCAAGCGCUCCAAAGGAGUCAAGGUUGUUGGGGUCCCCGUGACACAGACACGCACAGCCACAGAACUCAGGCUGAGUCUGGCGCCCAGCUCCCUAGAGACUUUCACCCUGGAGACUGUGCUCUCGUGACUCCCUUUUGUACCUUUCUGGCUUGCUCUCAGGAGCGUUACUGUGGCUGGAACUGGCAGCUUUGUCCCUGCUGGACUUCCUGACACCUGCUCCCCAGCGCUCCUUCAGCAAAGCGCGAUGGUCCCCAGCAUCCCACAGCUCAGACUUGUUGGCCACGCCCGCGCGCCCUAGGCGCAGCUGGGUUCCAGCAGCGCCACAGGCUCUAGCUAGUUGCCUGGCACCCACCUGUCGCGCGAGCGCGCGCGCAGGAGUCCUGCUGCUUUUGUGUUUAUUUCUUAUCCCUGGGUUGGGGGAGGGGCUCGGGAUGGGGCAGGGUGGGCAGGGCAC